UGCUGAUUAUUGUGAAGAUCGACAAAGGACACAAGGAAACGAGGAGAUGAACCGUUUCCUGAGAGCUGGGGAGAAUGGAGGGCUGCUGACGGACUGCAGGGAGCUGUCACCCAACCACACCGCCUCCUCCUCCUCCUCCUCCUCCUCCACCUCUUCCUCCUCCUCCAUCUCCAUCACCUCCUCCUCUUCCUCCUCCUCCAGCGCCGCUGGCUCAGCCGACAGACACGCGGCCCUGCCCUCGCUCCAGACCCGGGGACCUGUCGGCGGUGGCAGCGGCGGGUCGGAGCCGAGGAGAUCCGCGCUUAAACGCAGCCGAGCCGGCCGGGAGGGACGAGAGGAACCGGAGGCGGCAGCGGCGGAUCACUCAGCGGCUGCCGUCGCGGUGCGCGGCGGCGGCGAGUUGUGCGUCGGGCAGCAGCAGCAGCAGCAGCAGCAGCGUCGGGAGGCUCAAGGACGCAGCGUCGGUGGAGACGGUCUGGAGAUGAUUUCCGCGGUCAGCAGAGACGCGGACGGCUGCAGCGGCAGCGGCAACAACAACAACGGUGUCUCCGAGGUGACCACGGCCUCUUCUGCGAGUUGCGCCAAAGGCAAGGAGGAGAGGAAGGGAAAAAACGUGAUCCGGGGCUGGAAGAGGGAGAGAGACAGGGAGAGGGACAGGGACGCCGCCGCUCCUCCUGCUCCUCCAGUCCGGACGAGGAAGGAGAAGCCCGGCGAUGGCUCGUCUCCUCCUCCUUCCGUCUUCCUCCCGUCGUCCACCCUGCCCGAGCAUCAUCUGUGCCGCGACGGCCCCGGACACUGCCACUGCGCCGCGCCGGACUCCAGGAUCAUGGGAGAUAAUAGCAACACGAACAACGUAAACAAUAACAAUAAUUGCGGGAGUAACGGCGGCAGCGCUGCCGGUAAAACCGCGCUGGAUUGUGGAGUUAAAAGCGGCGGCGGCGCUAUUGUUGUCAGGCGGCAGCAUGACGACACGCCGGCGGCCAAGAAACACAGAGGAGCCGAGAAGAUGGACCCCAUGUUCACAGUGCCAGCUCCCCCUGCUCCAGGCCACCCCGGGGGCCCUGGAUCCUCUCUGCCCUCUGCCCCCUCCUUCUCCCCUCCGGCCUUGCCCACCUCUAACCCCAAGCAGCUGGUGGUGAGGACGAGGUCUAUAGGCACCAACACCCAGGAUGGAGGCAUCUCAGGAGCACUGGAGGGCGACUCGGCCUGUCUGGGGCCCUGCCAGCCUGGGACAAGUGUCAAUCUGGAGGGCAUUGUCUGGCAUGAGACUGAGGAAGGUGUGCUGGUGGUGAAUGUGACGUGGAGGAAGAGAACCUACGUGGGAACUCUGUUAGACUGCACCAAACACGACUGGGCUCCUCCAAGGUUUUGUGAGUCUCCCUCCAGUGAUCCUGAGUUGCCAGGUGGGCGUGGUCGGGGUAAACGGAUGCGAAUGGCCAUGGCCGAGCGGCCCUGCGUUGAGCCGCCCCCUGCUGCCAAAGUCAGGGGUCUAUCACAGCACAGGAGCCGUGGAGGUGGUGUGGCUGGAACCACUGCACCCAUCCACAGCAAGGGACGGAGAGGAAGCCUGAACCUCAUCAACAGCAACUGCCGAACACCUCCUUCUUUUUUCACUGUGGAGGAGGUGAAACCUGCAAACAGCACCUCCUCUCUCUCCUCUGGGAAGCGAAAGAACAAACCGCCAGCUGACCUGGACCUCAGCCUGGUCUCCUCGGAUGACAUUAAAAACGGGAAUGGGAAGAGAAUCCGAGCCAAAUCCCGCAGCGCCCCAUCCACACCGCAGGGCAAAUCUGACCCCUCUUUCAUGGACCCUGGAGGAGGUUGUGCCUCCUCACCGCCUCCCCCACCAAUCCUCAUCGACUGCCCCCACCCCAACUGCACUAAACGCUACAAGCACAUCAAUGGCCUGCGCUACCACCAGACGCAUGCGCACCUGGAGGCGGAGGAGCAGAGGAAGCCUGAGCUGGAGCCCAUGAAGGAUGGGGAGAGUGAGGAACGACUGUCAGACUGUGAGGACACCAUCAGCAACAUGACAUAUGACCUCUCAGAGACAAACAACAGCACUAAUGCCAACAGCUCUUCUAAGAAACCUGCUCCUCUAUAUAAGGUAACCACCGUGGGAUCUCCUAAGAACAGAAGGCUACUCCUCAGCACUGACCACACCUCCACAGCCAACUCCAAGACCAGAAGAACCUCAUUGCUGAAAGAUGGGCUGAUUGAUGACCUUAGCAAUCUGCCCAUCAUCUCCAACAUGACUGUAGUUCUGGAGAAUUGCAUGGUACCAGACAGGAACUCCACGGUAGAGAUGCCCAAGCUGGAAGCAGAAGGUUUGAUUGACAAAAAGGGUGGUGCAUGUGACAAGGGCAAAAAGGCCAAUGGGAAGGUAGAGAAGUUGUCCAAGUCAAGGACCAACCGGCCAAUUGCUCCAGCCCCUGCUCCCCCUAAGCUUAUCGCCAUACCCAACACGGCAUAUCCGACUGGCACAGCAGAUACUGCCACCUCACAGCAGCCCUCACCUAUGGCAGCCGUAGGCCUCACCAGUAAAAACCUUCCCUUAAAACCCAUCAAACCAAAGCUGAGCAUUGUUGUGGAACCGAGCCUUGUCAAAGCCACCCUGGUUACCUGCAACAAAGAGACCAGGAAGAAAGAGAAACGGAGGCUGAAGGACAAACAUAACAAAGAUGCGUCAACCAGGACACCUAAUGGCGACAGUAGUGGAAUCAAAAUGGAAGAUGGUGGAGGUGGUUCUAAAUUGGGUGUCAAGGAAAUUUCUGGAAGCCUUCUGAAGGAGCACCUCAGUAAGCAGGAUGUUAUGAAUGGGCUCACAGAGAGCCAAGAGAGCAGGAUGGCCAGUAUCCGGGCUGAGGCUGACAAGGUCUACACCUUCACCGACAACGCCCCCAGUCCCUCUAUUGGUGGUUCAUCACGGCUUGACCCCAGUGGUACUUGCCUGGCAACAGCAGACAGCAAGAACAACAGCCCCGCCUACUCUGACAUCUCAGAUGCCGGGGAUGAUGGGGGAUCUUCUGAAUGUCGCUCAGAUGGAAUCAGAUCCAAGUCUAGCUCCUCAACCUCUUCAGAGGUGAGCUCUAACAGUAACCAUGGUAACCCUGGUAAAACCCCACCCACAUCAUCUGCCCCAUCAUCAAAGGACCCCCAGUCCCCGUACUACCACAGCUACGAGCCCUACUACCUGCCGGGGUACAUGCAGUCGGACAGGCAAAACAGCAGCAGUGUUGCCUUCCACAAAAGCUCUGGCCUUGAUGGCAAAGGGAAAGACAGAAAGGAAGAAGUGAAAGAGGACGAUAAAAACUCCUGCCAUGAGUUCUCAGACUCAAAGAAAGGCGACGGACCACCUCAGUCUCAGCUCCAGCUGGCUAUGAGUCAGACCCAGACUGCAUUGGCCCAGUCGCUGUAUUACGGCCAGUACUCUAGAGGACUGUACAUGGACCAGAAACUGUUACUUGCCUCUAAAUGCUGUGACCAGACGCACAGUUCCAAGCAGAGGGGUGAGCGGGGACAAGGGGUGAGAGACAGUGAGGACGAUAAACACAUGGUUGGGGGUUCAGCUGGUGGACCCAUGCUAGGUAAAGGUCCAGAUGGUGCUAAAGGUUGCUGUCCCAAACCCAUCCUGUCCUACGUGGAGAUGAGUGAGAGGGGAGAAAGGGGACAGAGUCUGGGCGUAAAGGCGGUGCACGGUGGCAUGGUGGACCAGAACCAGGUCUCGAUGAAAGACUGUGAUGACAUCAAGUCACCGUCCUCUUCCUCUUCUUCAUCACUCCACAACCCAAACAGUCAGACAGAUCUGGACUCAAAUGUUUCCUUUUCCAGUCCCUCAGACGGCCCGGCCUGGGCUCACUGCCUGGUUCACAGCAAAUACUCAGAGCUACAGAGUCAACAUGGGGAGGAGGCCGAGGAGGGUGAAGCAGACAUGGGAAAAGAAUGGGGAACUACCAUGGAGCCUGCCGGGGCCAAGAUGACCUCAGGAGGAGGAGGUGGAGGAGAGAGAGGAGGAGGUGUUGGCGGAGAUGCUAAAAAAGCCAGGGUACAUGGAUCCCACGAUCUCCUGCCCUCCAUCGACAUUGAGGAGUCCGACAGGCUGGAGGGGCUAGAUGAUCAGGGCCAGGAACCAAUGGGAGGGCUGUCUGAAGACUCCCAGAGUGCCCGGGCGGCGGUUUCUCCUCCCAUGACCCCCCAGCAGCCCUACAUCCAGUACCAGCACUCCUCCUACCCACCUUACCUGGCAAUGUGUGAGAGCAGUGGGGGCUCCUACAGAGGGGUGUCCCCAACCCUGGUCCACAAUUACCCAGGUUUCCACUACCCUCUUUAUGGUAAGACGGCGGGCAGGGAGGAGUCAGAGGUGACUCCCCCCAGCAGAGGAGGAGUGGUGAGCAGCAAGCAGAGCAGCGAUUCAUCCUCAUCCUCAGCCAUGGAGCUUCUGCAGCAGCAGAGCCACCAGUACCACGGAAAAUCACCUGCUCCCGGCGAGAAGGGUUCCCCUGAGGGAGAGAAAGAGACGGAGCGAGAGAGGAACCAUGUGUCAUUCGCCCGACACCUCCACACACACCAUCACACUCACCUGGGUAUGAGCUACAACCUGAUGUCAGGACAGUACGACAUCUACCAAGGGCUGAGCUCCAGGUCGCUGGUCUCCAGUCAGCAGGUGUCAGGACACUCCUCUACAGACAGCGAAGGGAAGAAGUAGGACCAUGUGACCACGUCUCACAUGAGGAACGGCAGAUUUAUCAAACAUCAAUUCCAUGGUGUUGAAUAAGCUUCGCCUCGCUGAGAGGCAGAGAACACAAAUUUAAAAACCUCUUUCAUUUCUUACUAAUGACAACCAUCUGUUUUAUAACACGUCUUUGAGGGACAGAGGGACAGAAAGCAUGAUCGGGACCUUUUUGAAGGAGGAACUAUCUGUACAAAUCCAGAUCACUGACUUUUGAAGCUUUCAGUUUUGCAGGAUUUUGACAGAAGCAGGCGGCAUGUAUAAAACAAAACAACCCAGAGCGCCGUGCACUCAGCCCUGCCGCGGCUUUAUAAAAUGCACAUUUAUCGUAGUGUAUUAUGAUGAUGAUAUGACUGAAUGUACUGAUGAUGACUUACAUUAUCCCAAUAGUGUUGAUCGUUUUUUUAAACUCCUAUUGGGAAACAGCAUUAGGAAGCUAAAAAGUCUAUUAUUAUCCUUAUUAUUCUCAUUCUGAUUAUUGAAGUGGUCCUCCUCCCUCCAUAGUGCUGACGCUACAUUUGUAUUACUAACCUGUACUUGAGCGUAACCAUGUUGAUUGUAUUGUCUUUAUGUGAGAGUAAACCUUCACAUCGACCUGCCCAGUGCCAUGUAGGAACCCAGUGGUGUAUAUAUUCUGUACAGAUUCAUGGCAGAGCACUAACAUGCUUUAUCGUACUCUAUGUUGAUCUCCAUCAGCCAUGCAGGGGAGCAGUGAGCAGAGCGGGAAAACCAGCAGAAGCAGAACCACUCCUUCUUUGUUAGUUGACUUCAGCUUAUCUGCAACAGUUUGUCCCUUAGGCACAUGUUUCAGUGAUGUAAUUAAAGUUGCACAAAUGAUGUUGCACAUAUCCCAUUGGGUUAAAGCUUAGAGUAAGUGUGUCCUUUAGUGAAUAUUAGCCCCAGUUUGUGCCUCUUGUUGGUACAAAAGAGGGCAAAACAAUCUCACCAUGAGGUCUGUUCAGUAGCAGGUUUUUAAUCGUAUCACGCCAUCUCCCUCAGCAGACGGAGUUUGCCCAGUCGGCAAGGAAUUGUGGAUAUUAAAAUUUCCAUCUCUCUGAGCACUUUAAGGACUUCUUGUCCAUGUUUGCAUCAUAGUUGUCACCGAAAAUGUGUUCUCUGAAUCAACCUUGUGGUCCAACUACCAUUUCAUGGCAACUAGGUGAUAUGACUGAAAGCUCCAGAGCAGCUACUUAAAGGACCUUAUGGUGAGACAGUUUUGCCACAUGAAAACAAAGUUACCUAACAUUAAGUAGCUCAUUUUCAACUAACCAUUGAUCUUUUCCAACACUAACCAAGUAGUUUUAGUGCCUAAACCUAACCAAACGUUAGUGCUGACAGAUGAAAAUGGCCACAUGAAUCAACAGGGUAACAGUGUUGUCGUAUAUGGGUUGUAUUUAAAAGCUAUGUGAAACUACUAUUUUGCCAUUUAGUUUGGAGCACUUGUUGGACUUUUGCAUUGAUAAUUACAGUCAACACUACACUGUUGGAAUAUUCUUUGCCCCAAACAAAGAUGACGACUGAACUUGAAUAGGAACUAGCUUUCAUUUCCAGUUGCCAUCUUCAUUGAUUGAGCCAAUCCACCAAUCCAGUGUACACCAGAGGAAAUAUAGAAAAAAAGAGUGCAAGGAUUUGUCUUCAAAAUGUGCUAAGGGUCGGGGCGCCCGGUAAGCUCAGUGGGUAGAGCUGGCGACCCAUGUACUGAGGCUGAGUCCUUGCUGCAGCGGCCCAGGGUUCAAAUCCGACCUGCAGCCCUUUGUUGUGUGUCAUCCCCUCUCUCUCUGCCCCCCUUUCCUGUCUAUUUUCUGUCACUAUCAUAGAGGCAAUAAAAGUGCUAAAGGUUGAUCUGAGUUGUUGGGUUAUCACUACAAAACAGUGACUUCUUAUUAUUUGACUUGAAUACAGUCAUCAAUCAUCAGCAGAGAUUUUUAAUGUAAAAAUGUUUAAAUCAGAGGUACAACCUGGGGCCAGGUGAAUGAAUACUGGUGAUGGAUGCCAGUGAGUGUGUGCUGAAGGCAUGCUAUUCAGUUUGGACAUGAAAGACACAUGUACUAGCUAUACUUUUAUUCACAGCACCUAUGAAGGACAGUUCCAGUGUUUACAUGAGUGUUUGCUCAUUUUCUACAUCCAUUUCUUUAUUAUUACCUCAGCAGUUGGCACUAUGCUCAAAACUAAAUGAAAUUUGGUGUUUUGCUCAGGUACAAUCGUGAGUUUGUGACCAAAAAGUAGCUUCAUUGUUUGUCAGCCAAACUCCAAAUUUUCAUACUGGCCAUAGUUUUUUUGUUUUACCUCGCAGAGUGAGGCCAGUCUUUGUAUAUUUACGUCUUGUUUUUGGUAAUUUACAAUUGUGUAGAACCAUUUGCUUGCGGCGCCAUAUUCAACUGCAGUUUGAGAACAUGCUAAAUUCAGUUUAGUUUUGAGUAUAAUGUUACAGCUUCAAAUUGAUGCUUUCCUGUGUACUGGGAAGACAGUAUAAGACAGUGUUUCUUUCAGAAUAUUUAUUUUGAAUAAAACCAAGUUAACAGAGAACUAGAAAAUAUAAUUUAACGCCAUAAAAGCUGGAAGAUCAGCUACUGUAUAAUGAUAGAAAACAGCAACAGUGAUGCAGGAAUUCAUUAAAUCACACUGGAAUUGUCCAUUAAAUAAAAUGUCCACAUUUAUACUACCAAUGAUCCCACAAUCCUUUGCUCUGCCCCUGCUCCCAUGCCACCUACAAGCUAACUAGCUCACUGCAGAGCCUCUGAUAGACAGAAUUGUCAGGUUUUACCAUUGGUGCCAAACCACUGCCACAUCACUAGAACAAAGUAGUGUUAGCAACAAGAAUUGGACUGAUUAUUCUUCAUGGAUCCAGCAACCAGGCCUGCGACAUUUAGACCAAUGUUGGGCUUCUGGCUGCCUGUGAUUGGCUUGUGGUUGAUGUCUUUCCAAUUUUGUCUAUUUGUCCCACUGUAACUCUGUGGCUCCUCCAUCUGGCAUUAACAUUGCUACUUGUAGUACCCAGCUGAUAUUUGCUCACAACACAACAUGUUCAACACACACAUGCCAAAUUCAUAUACUGCCAGUCUAAUGGGGGAACUCAUUUCUUUCAACUAACAUAAAUAGCACUGAAGGCAUUUUUGUGGGAAUUACAGUCACCCUGCUCACUUGUUAGGAUCAUUUAGCAAAGCAGUAGUUUUAGGCUGUGUCUGAAAUAUAAUGGACACGCAACAGUGAGCAGCAAAUUCAGAUUUCAUCAUUUUGUGUCAUCAUUGACAGCUAUUGAGUCACACAACUGUAAUUUCUGCAUUUAUAUAUUGUGGUGCAUUGCAUUGUGGGAGUGAUAGCAGCAAAAUGAACAACAACUGUACAAAGUAGUGUCCCUGGCAUGAACACUACUAGUGCUUUCAAGUUGUACAUACAGACCAUAAUUAUGAGCAGCCCAAUAGAAAAACCAUUCUUGUUAGCCUGCUAGAGAUAUCAGGAAUUUCCUGUGAUAUCUUCUUCUUGGCUAAAGGCAUUAGAGCAGUAUCAACAAAACGGCGUGGCUGUAAACAUCCAAAUAAAAUUGAAGAUUUGAAGAUUAAAACUGAUGCAAUUGAUUUAGCUAAUUAAAUUGAGCCUGAUUAAAAACAAACUGCUACAAAUAUGUGACACAAUUUAGGUUUGAUUUUAUUUGUAUCAGUGUGAAAACAUGGCUCGUACUAGUACUGUAACAAUCUUGGGAUAAUGUGGGAACACUCCAAAGUCUAAAUAAUUUACCCUUUCCUCCCGUUCUGCCAACGCAGCAUAAUGCAAUGUUCACAUCAUGUGGGGUGGAAAGUAUUUACUUGCACAUUUGGAAAAUUCCCAAUCCCAGUGGCCCAACCUUGUCUAUCAGCAGCUCUGCCUCACACACAACACCUUACCUGCAUAGUAUCAGUGAUCAUUCUAUUACUUGAAUAUAGUGCUAUGAACUCUGUUUACAAAAUGCUGUCAUCUUUUGGGAGACACUUGUCUUAUAAAGGCUGCUUGGUAUGUUCAGUUCAUCUACCCGGUGUAUCCAGUUAAUAACACACUGAAAUCGUAUAAACAUGAAACCUGCUGUUGCUUUUUUAUACUGUAUAUGCCUUAAUUCAUAUGUUUGGCAAUCAUGAUUAAAGGAUGUUUAUAUAUA